AUGUCCUCUGAUGAAUCACGCUCAAAUGAAACAGCGGAAGCCCGCGCUGCCUUUACAGCUUCUCUCAAAUCCGUUGGUGCCAAUCUAGAUGCUGACCUGCGCACUCGAGCGGGAACCCUGCAUGACAACGCCGCUAUCAUAGAGAAACAGCAACAAGAUCUAAAGCGGACCACUCAGGAUGUCUCCAAGCAGAGCAAGGAACUGGAAAAGCUUCUAGAUCAAGGCCAAAAUGGCCUAAAGGAAGUUGGCGAUUUGCAGAAUUUUGCGGAAGUCAUGGAGAGAGAUUUGCUGGUUCUCGAGGAGACGCUGAGGUUGGCGGAGGAGGAGGACGAGCGGGAGGGAAGAGUUGAGAAACCGGCGCAGAGCUGGCUAAAGAAAUGGUUUUAG